AUGUCAGUAGUGGGGUCGUUAAUUUUCUGUACAUAUUGUGGUGACUUGCUAGAUUCUCAUAGUGCCACCUCAGAUAUUGAAUGCAAAGUAUGUUCAGCGACAUAUCCCAAAUCAAAAUUUGCUAAUUUAAAAGUUGUAACGAAAUCGUCAGACGAUGCGUUUCCUUCAAAAUUAAAAUCAGCUAGAUCAGUGGUGAAGACUACCUUGAAGAAAGAUGAACUAGAUGAUGGUGCAACUAUAAAGGAAAAAUGCCCUAAAUGUGGUAAUGAGGAAAUGCAAUAUCAUACUUUACAACUAAGGUCAGCUGAUGAAGGUGCUACAGUGUUUUAUACGUGUACAAAUUGCGGAUAUAGAUUCAAAACGAAUAAUUAA